AUGAGUAAAUCAACACCUCAAUAUUACGAAUGGACCGACGUUGAACCAAUGUUUCUCCAAAACUUUCAAAAUUCGGUCCUUCACUUCAUAGACUUUGAAUUUGCAAAUCAAUACAGUGCAAUUCCUGAGACUGACGAAAUAGGGGUUUCGACUGUUUCCCUCGCAAAUCCGGCUGAACACGAUUCUUUCCAUGUUAUCAUUCGCUGUAAAAAGAGUGACAAAUACGCCUUCAAAAUCCAUGGAAUCAACUCCAAUUCACCAAGUUACCCGACACAGCGUGUCGGGUUUGAUCAGUUUGUAAAAUACUUGUCCAAGUACUCUGGUCUUAAAAUUUUUGUUGUUAAAGAUGAGACUAUUAAUGGAGGGGAUGUUAAAGUGAUGAAUUCAAUAUUCAAAACGAGUGACAUUCAGUACACUAUACUUACACAUCACAUGCUAAUUAGUUGUAUACUUCGUCACUUUGGCAAGGAAUUUGAUGAAAAAAUAAUUAAAAAAGACGUCAAUAUGUAUUAUAAACAUUUACACAUCUCUGAAAAGUGCGAGUACCACACUAAAUUGGACAAGAAGUUCCACUGCGCUUUGAGUGACGCUAGAAACACCUCAUUGUCUGUUUUUGCCCCUUUAAAAGCCCUUUGCAACGAGUUGGUGUUUCAGAACACAGAACUCAUUCCCGUCUAUGAGGUACCAAAAUUUGAGUUGUCCGACGGCUCGAGUUUUAUAAUAUGUUUAUGUAACACUUUUGGUAUGCGAGACUCAGUGUAUGAAAUUUUAAUGGAAGAAGUCACUUAUCAAAAUGGGACGUUUAUCGAAUGCGACAAGGAAGAGAUGUGCUUUGAACACUUUGUACCGCCUCAAGUGAAAGGACGAGCAUUUCCAGAGAUCUAUAAAAAGUUGACUAGUGCAUAUCCCGAUGUUGAAAAUCACAAUAAGAAAGCACACAAAAAUGUCUUGCAAUAUGUCCAAGACCACAAUGGAAUGUAUUUAGUCAGAUUUGGGUUUUCUGAGAGGGAAACCAACUUUGAUUUUUCAGAGAUGUACUUGAUGGGAAAAUAUGAUUUGUGUGAUAAAUUUUAUAGACAAUGUGGUGGGAAAGAACAAUUUUGUCCUUCAGUGUUUUACAAUAAAGUAGAAGAACUUGGAAGUGCCGUUUUGGUGUUACGUGGAGAGACUGACGAAACAAAGGAAUUUGUCUGUAACAUCCACAAAAAAACUGGAUUUGAAAAUAAAUGCGUGUGCGAAGUGAAAAAAAGAUAUUUGAGAGGACUUGAAGAACUCGCAAGGAAUCGGGCAUUAUUUGAUAAGCUUGAAAUAGACAUGAAAACACAAUUCGAAGAAAUACAAAAAGAAAAAGAAAAGGAGAAACCAACUAAACCAAAAAGUGAACUAAAAACGAAGAAAGAAAGUCAAACAAUAAAACCAAAAACAGAAAGAAGACAACCACGCAUUCCAAAACGAGAAAAAACAGGAUUGCAAUUGCCAGAAGAUCAACAGAAAGUUCACGCUAUUGAUGAUACUUAUAUUACACAAGAACAAGCUUCAAAAGAUAAAGAGUCUACAAAUGGCAAAAUAAAGGGACCCAAAAAACCAGUAAUCCCACGAAGAAAGGUUAAUUAA